AUGGGAAACGCGCAUACGAAAGAAGGUGGGAGGGGGUCUAGGGGUCCUGGCGGUAAUGAUGGCCAUGAUGGCGGCGCCGGGUACCCUGGAGACGUGUCGUCCGGCGAUCGAUCAAGAAGACAAAGCUCAAGGCCAGAUCUGAGCUCUAUUUUGGGCGGUGCUCCCAGCAGCUCGAGGCAUCAGCCAUCAGCGAGACCUGACGCUCCAUUCGAGCGACGAGAAACCAAGGCGGAGCGAGAAGCGAGGCGGCUCGAGAGGGAACGCGUGAUCCGUCUCAAGGAACGCGAACGCAGCAUGAAGGAAGAACACGUAGAUGGGGGCUUCGUUGUGACAAUGGGUAUUUACACGGCGAUGGAGGACUUUAGCAAACCCGUGGUCCGGCAAUUACAGAUCGAAAGAAGGAUAGCACCGUUCUGGAGAGGUCUGGAUGACUUCAAUCCGACCUGGGCCGAGCACCAGAUCAUCGCCGCUGCCCGCGGUCUAGAAGUACCACCUGCGGAUGUCGUGCCCGAAGACCUCGUCCCUCAACCCCGGCCCACGCACCCGGAUUCGCCCAGUACAUCCCUUCCGAACCUGAACAACUUGACGGUGCCCAUGGGGCCUAGAACGCUCUCGGCCGCCUCGGACAAGACGGGUUCGAAUCCCGGCUCCUCUAUCCCAUCUCCGACAUCACCGGCCCCACCACGGAUAAGCUCGCCGUUGAAACCCGCAAAGAAGUCCCUUGCCGCGGCACUUAGCAUCUCGUCGCGCAACGGGUCGCAGCAAGACAUCGCCCCGCGCGAGAUUAACCUGCCGCAUGAUCCCUUUGUCAACGGCCAGCCUGUCGAGGUGUUUCUGUACAAGGACGGCGUAGAGUGUCCCAUCUGCUGCAUGUACUACCCGCGUUACCUGAACAAGACGCGUUGCUGCGAUCAAUUCAUCUGCAGCGAGUGCUUCGUGCAGAUCAAGCGUGCUGAUCCUCAUCUGCCGGAGCAUCACGGUGAGCAGCCUCAGGAUGGCUCCGAACCUGCUGCUCCACCUCCGGAUGAGGACAGAAGAUCAAGCGAGCUGACAAUGGAGCCCGCAAGUUGUCCGUACUGUACCCAGACCGAAUUCGGCGUGACGUACGAGGCCCCACCGUUCCGCCGUGGUCUAUCGUAUGUCUAUUCUGGCGGCGUCGGUUCUAUGGUAACCGCCAUGUCGUCAACCUCUUCCCUCCACUCGAAUCUUUCCCCAACCGCGGCGGCGACAACGACAACGCCAUCUCUGGCCAACCGGCGUAGGGCGCAGAGUUUAUCGGCCAAUGCGGUUGGUGUUAUUUCGACAGAUCGCAUCCGCCCGGACUGGUCGACUAAGCUGGCCACGGCUCGCGCGCAGCAACGACGAAGAGCCGCCGCCGCCGACGCCCUCCACCAUGCCGCCUUUGUCAUAGGUAACAAUGAAGCGAAUGGGAGGUCCUUGUUUGGCCGUGGCGGGCGGUUCAGUCGCAGGAAUAUGGGUCCCGCCACUCGGGGCAACGAAAGCCCCAGUUCCAGCACGGCCCAAGUAAAUAUCACCGCGGAUACGGAACCAUCGCCUGCGCCAGGAAUGGAGCCUGGGCAGCGCAGCUCCUCGGGUCGCAAUGGACCAAGUAGGGAGCGUAUCGACGCUGCCCAUCUUGAGAGCAUGAUGAUGGCCGAGGCGAUACGGUUGUCCUUAGCCGACGAGGAGGAACGUAAGAAGAAGGCCGACAAGGAGGCUCGUAAGGAGGCUAAGAUGCGGGAAAAGGAAGAUCGUAAGGCCAGCAAGCGUCGCACCGUAUAUGGCGGCGAAGGCGGAACUGGAACCUCGACUGCUAGUGCUAGUUCCCUGAGUCUGAGCCUGUCCGGCAUGGGGCGAAGGAGAGGCAAUAGUUUGCGGAUGGAUGCCAGUGUUGCCGCUGCACACGCUACGGCCAGUGCCAGCCAGAGCAACGAGGCCUUGUCGACGCCAGAUGCUGGGCCUGCCUCCGGACCUGCAGACAAGGGGAAAGCUGUGGACCGCGGAGACACCCAAAGUCCAGAUGCUUGUUCGUCCCAAUCAUCCUUGACUCCGACCGGCGUUGCCGGUGUACCCAUUCUAAGCGCGCAGCCAUCCAGGGGAUCCUCUCAUCUUCGGCAGAUGAGCAAUGCUAGUUCGAUAUCUAGUGCCAGUGGGAUUGACAGCGUGACCGGCAGCUAUGGCCAGAAACAUGGUGGGGUGGAUGAUCUAGAUCCAAGGUCUAGCGGGCUCAGUCUGGGUCGCAGUGAAGAUGAGGCGUCUGGCACUGAAGUCACAGCGGGGUCGGACAGAGCAGAAGGUGCUCAGUCCAUGUUCAACUUCCGCAGCUUGGCCCAGGUCGUUGGUAUUCCCAUUGACGGUGAG